AUGUUCAAGUCCAUCUCUAAGACUUUUCGGUCAAAACCCACGCUGAUUCAGCCGAGCGUCGUGGGAACCGACUUGAUCAAUCAAAAGGAGGUCCUAUCGACGCUAAAAGACGGCUCAACUUCCGCCAAAAUUACAGCCAUCCGUCAGCUGGCACACUCCAUUAAAACAAAGUCCAUUUCCUCUAUUCCCGAACUAUGGUUCUUGGCCAAACAAAACUUGGACAAAUCAAACCCGCAAUCGCUCAGACACGAAACGUUCAACUUGUUGUUAAUUUGUAUUCAGUCUAGCGACCAUUCGGUGCCUACUAAAAUGUCCUACUAUAAAGAUAUCUUGAAAUAUUUACAAACAGAUCUAUCUUACUGCAUCCAAAGUUUGGAACUGCUUACCGACCACGGAAGAGAGAUUUACGAUUUGCUGAUCUACCAACCAUCGCCGUUGGGAAAAGUCCUCAAGGAAAAACUUAACAAACUGACGUCUAACCAUGAACUCCAGAUAGAAUUUUUGAAUUUCCUGGCAGAGUGUCUGAAAUUCAACUUCAACCUGUUUGACCUGUCAGAUUUGAGCACCUAUCUCGCGAAAAUCCUCCAGACCGCCAAAUCCACCCCAAACAUCGACGUUCUGUCCCUGCAUCUCCAAAUAAUAGACACAUACAUAUCUUUGGGAAGUGUGCCGUCGGUAUCGCUGUACCCUAUCAUCCAGCUCAUUGGUGCAUCCAAAAACCUUAAAAACAUCCAGAUCGACCAUAUCUGCAACAGCAUGCUGCUCAACCUACUCAGCAGCCCCAACUACUCGCUCCUGACCCUUGUCAGUUGUUGCGAGGUCAUCGAAAAGGAACCAGGCUCUACGCUCGGCUGUUUCCACCUCAUCCAAACAUACCUCCACUAUUACAACGACGCGACAAAAACAGGCAAACUCGUCACCGAUGUGCUCAACAGCACGAAACACCUCGUCUUGAACGCUCUGAUGGUGUCGUCAAGAUCGCAGGACCGCGAAAUCGCAGACUCAACCAUCUCGCUAAUACUCUCCAUGCUGGAGCACGGUCUCAUCUCCGAUAGACACCUUAUGUCUUCGCAGUUCUGGGACCUUCUUUCGCAAGUGGACGGGACAAGAAUUGACACAGACGCCUUCAGUAAGGUGUUGGACCAUCUCCGGACUCUCUCCAGACCUCUGUGGAGAGAUAACCUGGUUUCGCUGCUUGAGAAACAUAAACAGGUCCUUUCGCCAGACCAGCUAGAUUUCGUCAUGGAAACAUACAACAUGGAAUUGCGGUGCAUGACGGUGACGGAAAACUGGCAGCAAAACUGCGAGUCGCUCGUGUCGACGUUCGGCAAGUCUCAUAAAGUGCUCAGCGUCCUCGAAACAGCAUUCUAUGAGUCUUACUCGAUCGUGGAAGACCCGCAGGAUUUGAAGUAUUACGUUCAGCUGAUCAUCGACCCAGGCUUCUGGGAGGUGGAGGACUAUCAGGAGACGCUAGCAAAGCUGCUAUUAGCAGUCGACGACGCCUUGUUUCAGAACCUGGUUUCUGAGUUCCCGCAGUCAUGUUUGUUCGUGAAACAUCUCGUGUACUCGUUGUUGGUGUUAUGCCAAGGUUCCAGAAACACAGUUAAAACCAAAGUUCUGUUUGACUUUCUGUUUAAAACGGCAGUUGACACUUUAAAAACAGACCAUGACACGUUUCUUGUGGUUGCAAGAUUGCUGAUUAGUGCCCGUCCGAAGGGAAACUACCUCUGCUUCAAAGAAGUCGACAAUGUCGAAGGACUGUGUGACAAUCUAGGAAGAAACACCAACACGGGAGCACAACUUUCAGACACAGUCAAGUGGAAGUAUCCGGAACAGCUGGCAUACUUCCCAUCUCAGUUGCUGAAAACAUGCAACUCCAAGGCUUUGCAAGUUUCAGACUUGUCCGAUUGGCUGGACCUGGUGAUCGAUGUGUUUGAGAACUUUGUCGAUUGGGAAGUGUAUUCGUUUGUGUUGGGACAUUUCUGUCCACAGAUGGCAUGUUCGACACUUUUCCCGUCAAUUCAGCAAGUGUCCAGACUUUUGCGUGUGCUUUGCAACCAACUGCAAUUAAAGUUCCCUUGGUCUUUUAAUCCUGUUUCUUUGUCUAAAGCAGACGUCCAGGUGGCCUUGAUCAGAACAUUAUCGUCCAUCCCAGCCUAUAAACAGAAUCUCUCCAGAGCUGAGGAAGAUCUCCUGAUCAGCUCUGUCAUUUCCGCAUUGCAGUCGUGGGACAAGACAGGCAUUCCAUGUCUGCAUUUUUUGAACGUUUCCUGUUACGAGUUCCCGGGUUCUAUUAAACGGUUUUUGACUCCAAUUCUCACAAUCCUGCAAACCAGACUUUCUUCGCCAACAACUUCAGGACCAAUUUUGGAUUUGCUGUUCAGUUUGUCGGAGCUGCCGUCGCUACUUUCCAAUCUCACCAUCGAGGAAUACAAGCGUAUCUUUGCCAUUGCGUUCAAAUACAUCGAGUAUUCGCAAGAUACGUUCCAACAGAAGAAAGAGUACGAUGUCAAUUUCGCCGACUCGGCUCUGGACAAACUGCCCUCGACUCAAUCGUUUGAGGUCAGCCAGCAGCUUCUGUUGUUCCUCACCACGAUGUCGUAUCGUGCCAUUUGCGGCUGGUUUCUGAAACUGUCCGUGGAUCACAGAAACCAGAUGGUCGAGUUCAUCACCAAACACUUGACAAUGCUUGGACUCGACAACACAAAGAACCAAGUGUACUAUGAAGCCAUCAACAGGCUUUCGUACAGCGAGUCGAACUUGAACCCAACGUUCAUGGUGGAGCCAGCUCUGGGCACGGAGAAAGACUAUCAGACAGAGAGCUGGAUCACGCAAAACGCCAUUCUCACCAUCUGUUCGCACGAGAAAACAGAUAAAUCCGUUGUUGUGGUGCGCAGACCCACGUCGACCGACCGGUUCGAGGUCAAGCUGUCCAACCGCAAAUCGAGUCCAGCGCUGGGCCCCCGAUUUUUGGAGUCGCAGCUCUUCAAUCUCGGAAACACAAAGGCGGUGCCGUUGCAGAUGGACGACCAAACACGUCGGUCCAUUGCAGUCAUGGACAGAAUGCCCGUUGUGAACCUGGAAAAGGUCGGCGUGGUGUAUAUUGGUCCAGGCCAGACCACAGAACGUGAGAUCCUGGGUAAUCAGUUUGGAUCGCGACAGUACGAAACGUUUGUCACUAAAUUGGGCAAUCUGAUCCGGCUGCGCAACUGCAAAGAGUAUUAUGUCGGGGGACUUGAUACUCAGAACGACCUUGACGGGAAAUACACGGUGCAUUACCACUCGCCGGUCAGUCAUGUGUGCUACCAUGUGACCACGAUGAUGCCGCGAUGCAAGGACGACGACACAGACGAAGGAAUCAGUUCAAAGAAAAGACACAUUGGAAACGACUUUGUCAACAUAUACUGGAACGAGUCCGGGGAAUCGUUUGAUUUCCACAAAAUUGCGUCGCAGUUCAACUUCGUGAGUCUUGUGAUCGAGCCUUGCGAGGGAACAUCACUGUACCGUGUCAAACUGUACAGAAAAGCAGGCAUCCCCGGAAUCUUCAGCCCCAGCCAUUUUAAGCUGAUCAGUGAGGAAAACCUUGCCAGCUAUAUCCGGAACGUGAGCUCUUUGUGCGGCCAAUUCUGCGACAUUUGGACCAACCCAGACUGGGAGUUCAGCUGGGAGCGCCGGUACAAGCAGUUGCAGAUGAUCAAGGCCCGCGCAAACUAG